AAAACGAUGAAACUAUCACUUUUGAUGCUGGCCACUUUGCUAGGUUCGUGUGUUGUAUCGGUACGCGGUGGUGAGGACGAAAGUGAUACGGCACUUACAGCACGGCAGUCUAACUACUACGAUAAUAUGUGGUACCGUUUUUGGACGUUUCCGGUUACGAUGGCCAUAAAGGCAAAGGUGGUUGCGUGGCUUUUAUUCAUUACAUACUUCAGCACCAUCAUGCAAGCGAUCGUUUAUCAGCGAUCGGAACCACAGCUGCCCGAGAUCUAUUCCGUCCCGGCACACACCGAUUGGGGGCAUUCAUCUUACACAAGCUGGGGUUAAAAAAGUGGAAGACGAAACACCUAAACCACAAUAUGGCAAGACUGAACCAUCUGUAAUUUAUAUUUAUUGAAACGAAAUAAAAUUAUAUUUAUUUAUUUGUCUCAUGAUGCUACUGUGGUGUUCUUUUUGUACUUUUCUGUUGCGUACUUUAACAUAUAUGUAAUAUUACAAUGCAGCUAUUUAUUUGGCACCUUUCCCUGAAUGCGAAACAAUUAGCAUGCAGGCGUUGCACAUUACUCGGAAGGAAAAGUUCCACUUGUAGCUUUCUUGCUAUGGAUGGAUCCGAAGAAAUCCUCAGUUUACUUAUACUCGUACGU